AUUAAUAUACAUAUAUUUUUAAAUAUUUAAUUUUUUUUACAACUUUUUAUUUUUAUAUUUUUACAUUUGUAUGAAAGUAGUCACAUACAUUUCUAUUUUGCGACAUUUUUUUUUUACCGAUUCUAUGCUACCGCUCAAGAAUUAUUAGCCAGUAUUGUACAUACAUACAUUUUCACAUUCCAUACGCGGGGUGGUUUAGUCCAUAUUUUACGCCGAUGAUUAAAAUAGUACACAAUACAAAUACCAUAAUAAUUAUAUGAGUUUAGAAAAAAUAGUGGGGAUAUGAGAAAGAGUGUUACAUUAUGAAGGUAGUGGGAGUGAAAUCAAAGCAAGUGUAAACAAACCUUUUCAAACUUUUUAAGACCAUAUAAACAAAAAUAUAUAACAUUUAAUUAUAAACUAUAAGUGACUAGCUAAAAUGGAUUUAGUGAGCAACACAAACAAUGAAAAACAGGAACCCCAACUGUCUAAUUCUGUUUUAAUUGUAAGAGUUCCUGUCAAACAUACAAAUUUAGGAAUCAGAAGUCACGCAAUGGAUAUGAGUACCAUGGUGGAGCUUACGUCAUUCAGCACCCUCGGGAAAAUUCAACCGUUUUUAGUAACAAUUUCUACUACUGCCGCUUUAAUUGUAGACUUACAUUGUCAUCUCACUGACAAAGAAGUUUGCGGUUAUCUAGGUGGACAUUGGGAUAUAAAUGCUCAUAAUUUGGCAAUUACAAGCGCAUUUCCUUGCCGAUAUGCUGGAAAAGAUAAAACAGCUGCUGGAAUGGUUGAAGCCGAAAUAGCAAGGGCUAUGGAAUGGCAACGAGUAACUUUAGUAGGAUGGUAUCACUCUCAUCCUCGGUCUCAUGCAUCACCAUCGUUGAGAGAUGUCGAUUAUCAGCUUGACUAUCAAAUAAAAAUGAAAGGACCUAGUGAUAAUGGAUAUACUCCUUGUGUAGGCUUGAUUUGUUCACCAUACAAUGCUGAUGGCAAUUGCUAUGAGUCAAAUUUUAAUAUCUUCUGGUCAAUGCCACCACCUGAAAAUCGACCCCAUGAGUAUCCUCGUCCAAUGCUUCUCAGUUAUACAAUAUCACAAGAAUUAUUUUUGUCACAAGAUGCACUCGACGAAAUUAAAAAAUGCAUCGAAUAUUAUAGAAGUGAAGGAGGUAUUAACUUUAAAAUGAACUUCAACAGCAACACAACAUAUUUGGAAAGAUUACGAAAUUCCCUUGCAUCAAAAUUACCAGGACGUAAUCGAGGAAAUGAUACUGGGUACUGGGAAGUAAUUAAAAAAAUGAUUCUUCCAGAUUCACCAAUCGAAGCUAGAUCAGAUGCUUUUAUUACCGUACAAUUCCCACCUCUCGGCAUGUCUGAAUCAUUAACUCAGACUACGUCUGGAUUAAAUACCAAUAAUGUUUUCCUUGCUCCCGUAGCUUUUAAGCCAGACAACAAUAUCAUGACACCUUUACAAAAAUUUGAUUCUCAGCCAUCGACAUCUUCUCGGGAUUGUAAAAAAGAAAUAAUCGAUGACACAAUUAAAGACAAUCGGUUGUAUACUAAAAUAGAAAAAUCUGAUAUUACACCAACUUUUAGAUCAGGUGAGCUUACAGUUUCCGUAAAAACUGUUAAUAAAAUGGAGUUUGAGCCGACGUCACUAGAUUUUUCAAAACUUACGAGUCCACUCUCUAUAGAAGCAUUGAAUAAGAUGCGUUCAAGCUUAUCUUCUGAUUUUUCUCUUCCUGAUUUGUCACAACAAAUGACACCACUGCCAGAUUUAAGUAAAUUAGCAAACUUUUCUCCUGCUGAUCUUGCUAAACUAUCAGCAUUCCCUUUAAACGAGUUGACUAAAGUUUCAUCGAACAUGUACAAUCGAAAUAUUGCUAACUUAUUCAACCCUAUUAACAAAAAUAGUUCUCUUAAUUCAACAAAAGAUGUAAUUGAUCGAAAGAAUGAAUACACACAAAAUGAAAGCAUUCCACUGUCUUGCUUCAACCUAGACUCAUGUAGAGUAGAUAACCUAGCAGAUCGUAAGAAACCUUUAGAACCUACAAACGAUGGGAUAAAAUCAAAACGUCCUACUAAUUUUUCUGUUGCUGAUGAGCUUUCAAUAUCAAGCGUUCGACCGGAUUUUGGAGCAAUGCUUGACAUGUCAAUGAUGCAUGGAAAAAUUCAUCAAGCCUCAGCAAUUAAUGACUCAAGUGAAUCAUUGAAUCUUUCUAAAGAUCGGUCAUAAAGAUCUCCGGAUUUU